AUGCUUGCCGCAGCUUGUGCCGUUGGAAUCGCGAGCACUUACGAAUCCCCGGUCGGAGGGACGGUCACGUGCUUCACGAUGCCAAUUCCGGUGGGAAUCAUGACUCCCAUUUUUCUGACAGGAGCUGCCUUUGGCAGAAUGUUCGGCGAAAUCGUCCGAAAGAUAUUCCCUCAUGGAAUCCGGAGAAAUCAGCAAAUGGACUUAUAUUUACCUGCUUCGUACGCUAUUAUCGGUGCUGGAGCCUUUUCUGGAGCAGUGACGCACGCCGUAUCCGUUUCAGUGGUUGUCAUCGAAAUGACGGGUCAAAUUACGUACAUCUUACCAAUGAUGCUUUCCGUAAUUAUUGCUGUAGCCGUUUGUGAGGGUGCUCAGCCUUCGCUGUAUAGCAGCAUAAUCGACCUGUGUGGUUUACCCCGUCUGAAGACGAAGGAACGCUCGGCGCACAAAUUUCAUGACAUUCACGUGAGUGAUAUCAUGAUGAAGGAUUGUCAUUGCAUCUGUCAGGAUUCGACUUACCGAGAAAUGCAGGAUCUGGUAAUUUCCGAAGCUAAGAUACGUUCAUUUCCCCUGGUGUUGGACAAAGGUUCAAUGAUUUUGAUUGGGUCAGUUAAACGAUGUGAAUUAAUAGCCAUGUUGGACAACAAUUUUGGAGAUAUUCCUCGACGAGCUGAAGCAGAGCGAAGAUUAGCCCGUGCUACAAUCCGAAACGACAAUGAAACCGAUAUAGAGCCCGUUUCAAGUUCGACUAGGUUUAAAAUCUCUCACGUGGAAGCAAGUGAGGAAGCUCAUCCAGCGAGUUCGAAUGCAUCUGCGAUACGAGAGGAGGGAAAGACGAAAAAGUCGUACGAAGACGACCCUGAAAUUUGGACUCUACGCAAACUGAUCAACGUUGACAAAUACUUGGAUGCGACGCACAUGUGGCCAAAUUCAACUUUUAUCAGUAAGUUCGUUAAGGAUGUUUCAGAAAAGAAGAGAAAACGGUGGGAGGAAGCGCAGUUGGACUUGCAGAUCGACUGGAGCGAUUCAAUCGUUGACCCAGCUCCUUUCAAACUGAUGGAGGGCAUAAACGUGUUGAAAGCGAGCUCCAUAUUUUACAAACUUGGAAUCAAACGAGCCUUUGUUACUCACUUAGGCCGACUGAUUGGCAUUUUGACAAUGCAGCAGGUCCAAAACGCGCUUGAGGAUAUUGGCAACAAGGAUCAUCUAGAAAGCACCGGAAAGAAGCACGAAGGGAGCGGCGGCUUUACGCAGCGCCAAUUCAUAACCGUGCGUGAACCAAAAAACAUAAACCCGUAUUUACCGCGUGCCAGGCAGGGCAGGGCAGGGCAGGGCAACGCGUUCAUGUGCGACCGCACAUUUUCUGGCAGAGGACGCAGCUGUAGCAAAAGAGGCGGUGCUAAGGCAAUACUGGCCAAUGGUUGUUGUCCAUUCGGAUUUGCGACUGAUGCGCCGGCGGGCCGCGAUUCGGCAGCCGGUUUCUUCUGCAGUUGCCGUCGUGGCGAUGGCCUCGCCCAGUUUCGUGUGCAUUCGAGUAGCGCACAACUGCCGCCGCUCGAAGAACACCAUUGUGUCCGUACCGUCGACGCGCGGUCUCCGUGA